GCCAAUAAUAAUUAAACGAAGCCAAUUAUAUUAAAACAAACUUCAGCAAAAUGGGUGCAAGAGAAGACGAAUACGAUUAUCUGUUCAAAGUUGUCCUUAUCGGUGACUCGGGUGUUGGCAAAAGUAAUUUGCUUUCACGUUUCACGCGCAAUGAAUUCAAUUUGGAGUCCAAGUCGACAAUUGGUGUGGAGUUUGCAACGCGCAGCAUAGAGGUCGAUGGUAAGACUAUCAAAGCGCAAAUCUGGGAUACGGCUGGCCAGGAGCGCUAUCGCGCCAUUACCUCUGCCUACUAUCGCGGUGCUGUUGGAGCUCUGCUGGUCUAUGACAUUGCCAAGCAUUUGACGUACGAGAAUGUGGAGCGAUGGCUGCGUGAGCUGCGCGAUCAUGCCGAUCAGAACAUUGUCAUAAUGCUGGUGGGCAAUAAGUCCGAUUUGCGACACUUGCGAUCGGUGCCAACGGACGAGGCGAAACUUUUUGCCGAGCGAAAUGGCUUGAGUUUCAUAGAAACAUCGGCCCUCGACUCGACGAACGUUGAAACGGCAUUCCAGAAUAUACUCACAGAGAUCUAUCGUAUUGUGUCGCAGAAACAAAUCAGAGAUCCGCCGGAAGGCGAUGUCAUUCGUCCGUCGAACGUGGAGCCCAUCGACGUUAAGCCGACUGUCACAGCUGAUGUACGUAAGCAGUGCUGUCAGUGACCGCCCCAAGCAACACCACCCACAACCGCCAGAACAGAAACAUUAACAAAAGCAACAACAAUUACAACUACAACUACAAAAACAGCAGAAGCAGCAGCAGCAGCGGAAACAGCAAUAAGAGGUGAACAGCAUAGGAAGAUAUGGAUUGGAUAGGAUAUGUCGUUCAGCCACAGCAACUAGCAGUUUGUCAUAUAAGCAUAAAAUGAUAAUUCAAAUCACCAACACCAAGAAAAAACAACAACACCAACAUCCGGCUGUAGUUAACUGCGGUUUAAACUGAAGUUUUAUAUAUAUAUAUAUAAAUAUCGCAUAAAACGAUCCAAUCAUCGUCGAUGCAUGAAAAAAACGGAUAAGAAAAGAAGAAAAACUAAACACUCCAAAAUUCAGUUUAAGCUGUAGAACUAUAAUUUAUAAAAAUAUACAUAUAUGCUAAUAUUAAAAAUAUUAAUAUUAUUAAUUUUUCGCAACAUAAAUACAUAGUUGUAAUUUUUCGAAAAAGAAGAACAAAAUCUUCGAUUGAAUGUUCAAAAAAUCAGAAAAUAAUUUCCCCAGCACUGCAGCUCGGCCUGGCACUAGUUUAUUGCCGAUAUUUUAGCCCUCCCCCCCCAACACCCAUCUGAAAUCAAUUGCAGAACUAAUUACUUUAACUUUUCAGUUUUCACAAUACAUUUCAAUAAUUGGCCUAUAUAAAAGCAACUUUUCAAAACUAGCUGAUAAACGAAACAUAAAAACAGUUGUAAAACUUUAAAUGCAUAAA